AUGUCCGAAGUCGAAGCAAUCAACACAAAUAACUCUGUUAGUGAGGAAAAUAUUCAGAAUGACAAGCCACCUAAAGGAAAAAAGUCCAAGUCACCAAGACUGUCUACAAUUGAAAGAGCAAGGGAAGAGAGUGAAGCAUUAACGAAGGAUUUGGUUCCUGAAGUUGAAGGCAGGCGUCGUACCCGAUCAGCAGCUAAAGGAGUUCCAGCUACCCCUCCACCACCACCCAAAAAAGAAAAGAAGAGUAAUGCUGGAAAAUCCCGAGGCAGACCAAAAAAAGGUGCUGAAGAGAGUAAUGACUCCCAAGAGUCAGAAACAUCUGUGAAUGAAAAUGAAGAUCAACCGAAAAGCAAUGAAGAGGCCAAGACUGAGGUUGAAUCAGAUGCGGCUAACUCUCCUGAUGCAAAAGAAGAAACUGGCAAUAACAAUGCUGAGGCUCCAAAAGAGGCUGUAGAAACAACUGAAAAUGGGGCCAAAGAAGACAGCGUAGAUGCACCUGCCUCAGAAACUGAGAAUAAAGAAGAAGAAAGUAAAAGCAUCGCCCUGUAUAUGUCCAUCAUCAGCCUUAUGAGAAAUUCCAUAAUUAUUGUCAUGGGGUUGAAAAAAGGUUAUGUCACCAACUUUAACAUUAUAAUAAAAUUAUUGAUUUGGGUUUUAAUGUAG